UGUGCUCUGCCAGCUCUUCUCAAGAAAUUUGCAUCAUGCCGCUGCAGAAGGCACUUGAGGACUGCUUCACUGAGCCAUGGCCUGUGUGGCUGCCUCCAUGCUCCUCCUGGUCAUGUCUCUCCCCCAGGUCAGUCACCAAUUGCCCGAGCAGCCCAACCUCUGAGUUAUCCUGGAGUGAAGACAGGGGUAUUCAAGCGGCGAUGGCAGUGGUCUCUCAGUAUGAAGGGCAGCAAGGUGUGGAAUGAAAGGACAGGGACAGAGUCAGGCUGGAGGGGAAUCUGGGAAGCGACUAGACCAAGAGACUGAAGCAGGUGACUCAGUCCUGGUCUUGGUCCAUGCAGAGCUGGACUUUGCAAAUGAGGCCUGGCUACUGGCACUCUCCAGAACCCCGACUAUCCCCACCGCCUUGGCCUCUUCUCCAUCAAGAACUCUGACUAGCCUCAGCCUCACGACAGAGUGUAACGUCCACCACGGCAGGGGGACCUCUUAUGCCUGCCUCUCUGGGUAGCAGUGGAACACCAGUGUCUGCUCCCGUCACCGUCCCUGCCAAUCCUCCCACAACCACCAGCCCUGCAGCUGUCUUGUCUUCAGCCGUCCUGAAGCCGGGUACUGCCAGCUGCUGCCACCUGUCCCCAGAACCCUGCUCCUGAACUCCUGGCUACAGAUGCCUGGCAACACGCUGAACCUGACCUUCCUCACCAGCCAUGAGACCACCGACCUGAACUGGCUCCUGUGGCGCACAGGGAACUGCCACCCCGUCCUUCUUCAGCCAGUGUCCCGGGUGUCCCUGACAUCUCGUCCAGGCCUGGUUGUCCUCAGCAUCUUCAACAUCUCCCAUGAGUGGGCAGGCAAGUACCAGUGCUGCUUUGAGGCCCAGAGAUUCAGGUGGGAGCUGUACCACGUGGUGAGAGUGCCCCUGCAGGCGACAGACGUGGCUCGGCUUCCAGACCAACUGUCCAUCUCCUGUGCCACGUCCCCUGACCUUCAGCUGAGCUGCUGUAUUCCCAGCACACACCCCACCUACGUGGUGUCCUGGAGCCCCGGAGAAGGCAGUAAAGUCUGUAUAUGUUUCUGCAUUUCCUCACGAAAGAAUAAGAGCGCUGUGGAAAGUUUGCAGUUCCCAAUGCCCCUGGCUAGGAAAGUACGGCUCAUUUCUCUGUUGGGUACCACAGGCUCUCCUGAGAACCACAAAGUUCUAGACAUGGACAGCAGUUCUCUGUGGACCCCAGUCCAGGCCCAGAGGCCCUCGGUGGGCUCAGAUCUUCCGCUGGCUCUGGAGACCCUGGCACACAGCUGUCCACAGGAUCACCCCUUCACCUUCAGCCUGUCCAGUGUGCAGCUGCAGACCCAGCUCCUGGGACCCACAUUUCCUGCUGACUAUACAGUCUCCUUGUCCAAUCAGCCCCCUCUGGACGUACAGAUUCCCGUGCGCUCACUGGCACCGUUGGGUCGUCUCGGAACCAACAUCAGUAUUACUAGCCUGAUGCUGCGAAAACUAGAUAGCCUUCUACCCUCAAACUAUGGAGAAGGGCUAGGGGACUCCUUCUAUGCCACUCCUGGACUGCACUUCGCCAUCUCCAUCAUGGCAGGUGGCCCCUUCAAUCAGGGAGAAGUCAUCAUGGACUUUGGGGACACAGAUGGCACCCCCCACUGUGUCUUCUGGGACCAUGAUGUCUUCUGGAGCAAGGGGGGCUGGUCAGAUGAAGGGUGCCAGGUGCAGGCAGCCAGUACCAGCCCCACCACUCAGUGCAUCUGUCGGCACCUCACUGCCUUUUCCAUCCUCAUGUCCCAGUACACUGUUCCAGAAAACCCCACACUGGAGCUGCUGACCCAGGUGGGCUUGGGAGCCUCCAUUUGGGCACUGCUUGUGUGCCUGGGGCUGUACAGGCUGGUAUGGAGAGUUGUGGUCUGGAACAAAGUUGCCUACCUACCUCAGGUGGCCCUGCUCAACGUGGUGCUCUGCCUGCUGGCUGCAGACACCUGCUUCCAGGGAACCCCACUGCUGCCUCCAGGGCCCCAUAGCCCACUCUGCCUGGCUGCUGCCUUUCUCUGCCAUUUCCUCUAUCUGACCUCUUUUUUCUGGAUGCUGGCUCAGGCCCUGAUGUUGGCCCACCAGCUGCUCUUUGUCUUCCAUCAGCUGUCCAAGCACAGGGUGCUCUCCCUGAUGGUGGUCCUCGGCUACCUGUGCCCCAUCGGGUUUGUGGGUGUUGCCUUGAGCCUUUACCUACCCUGAGGGCAAUACCUGGGGGAGGGGGCAUGCUAGCUGGAUGGGAGGGGAGGGGCACUCUACACCUUCGUGGGGCCAGUGCUGGCUAUUGUGGGUGACAACGGGCUGGUACUAACUAUGGCUGUGCUGAAGUUGCUGAGACCAUCGCUGUCAGAAGGGCCCCGGGUGGAAAAGCACCAUGUUCUUCUGGGGGUGAUCAAAGCCCUGCUCGUUCUCACACCCAUCUUCGGCCUCACCUGGGGGCUGGGGCUGGCUACUCUGUUAGAGAAAGUCUCUGUAGUCCCUCACUACACCUUCACGAUUCUCAACACCUCCCAGGUGGGUGAAAACGUGGUGGCUGUGCUUUCCGUCCUUUUAGAUGGUCUAAGUCCCUGCCAGUCCCUUCUCAGGGAGGCAUGGUUGUGGAGCAGAAACACAGGCUCGGGAACUUUAGAAAGCUCAGGCUUGGAUCCCAGUUCUUCCACCGAUCAGCUUGGUAACUGUGGACAAACCUCUCUGAGCUUUGGUUUUCUUAUCUGUGAAAUAAUACCUGGUUUUGUCAGAGAAGUCAGGGAACUGUCAGUACUGAAUCCUAUAAUAUUGCUGAGGUAAUCCUAACGGUUAGGAAAAGCACCUAAAAUGGAUCGUGUGCACCAAAUGAUGUUGACACAGAACUCGAGAUGGGACGCUUCAGGAUGUGAAUUAGACAAGAGGACAGAAGCUGAAGGGAGAGGGAAAGGGCUGACUUCAGUUGAUUCCUUCCUCCUCUGCCUAACUUACCCCCAUGUCCUUUCAGGGCGUCUUCAUCUUGUUCUUCGGCUGCCUCAUGGACAAGAAGGUACAGGAGGCUUUACUCAAACGCUUGUGCCACACCCAACCUCCCAACUCCACCAUCUCCAUGGUACAAAGAAAGGAUGACUUAACUGACAGGAAUUCUGAUGUUCCAAACGGAGGCGAAGGACAGAAAUUGGUUUGCU